AGGCUUCCUUUCUCUGUGAGCCUCUCUUUCCUUCUUUGGCCGCCAUCUUGUUCGCACCGCGUGUUGGGCUGCGCGGGCUUCGCCGCUCUCCGACACAGCACUAUGAACCAAGAAAAACUGGCCAAGCUUCAAGCGCAGGUCCGAAUAGGAGGAAAGGGGACAGCUCGCAGAAAGAAGAAGGUGGUGCACAGAACAGCAACAGCUGAUGACAAAAAACUUCAGAGUUCCCUCAAAAAACUAGCAGUAAAUAACAUUGCUGGCAUUGAAGAGGUGAACAUGAUCAAAGAUGAUGGAACAGUUAUUCACUUCAAUAACCCCAAGGUUCAAGCUUCCCUCUCUGCUAACACUUUUGCAAUCACUGGUCAUGCAGAAGCUAAACCGAUCACAGAAAUGCUUCCAGGCAUCUUAAGCCAGCUUGGUGCUGACAGCUUAACAAGUCUCAGGAAGUUAGCUGAACAGUUCCCAAGACAAGUGUUGGAUAGUAAAGCACCAAAAUCCGAAGAUAUUGAUGAAGAAGAUGAUGAUGUCCCAGAUCUCGUAGAAAACUUUGAUGAAGCAUCAAAGAACGAAGCUAACUAAAUCAUUAAUAGUUCUGGAAGCUGGCAUGGACUAGAUUUAAGAAAUCAGCUAUGUGGUUCCAAAGUUUUAAAGAAACGGAGAACAUCAUCUGUUAAUAGUUCAGUAAUAUAAAUAUUUUGUAUUUUUAUGAUGCUGUUUGUUCAGCAUUUUCUGUCAGUUGAUUUUGCAUUUUGCACUUACUCCCAGGAUCUACUCUUUUGGUCAAAAAGAAAUGUCAGUGCAGUUUGAGGGGUGUGUGCAUGUGCGUGUGUGUAUGUGUGUGAGUGUACAUAUAGUGGAGAACAAAUUGGAGAACGCUUAUUUAACCAUUUCCCCUUUUCCCUUGAAAGUAGAAAUAAAAUGAAUCUUCAGCAUUGUUCCUUUUGAUUAUCAUGAAAUAGUGCACUGAAGGUAGUUAAUCUUAAAAUUUUGUCCACAUCUUAUGCCUGGAGGCAUUACGCUAUUAAAACUUGGGUUUAAUUUGCUGUUAACUAUUGUACUUGCAGGUGUGUUUCUCAUCCCUGUUAAAAUGUACACAAGAUGUUACCAACAUUACGCUGAUCCCAGAUGAUGCCGAAGACAAGCUGUUUUAUCAGCUUGUUUGGUACAGAAACUUUAAAAUAGAGAACCUGGCCUCAGACAAGUGUGCUGGUUUUCAGCCUUCCUCAACUUUCUCUUUUUUCUUGUCUCUAACCAUUUGAGACAAGCUGAUAAUUGACUCCUUCCACGUAGGCUUAGCAGUACGUUCUCCUCUUGGUUAUGUAGAGUAUUUCCCAUGUCAAAAGGGAAACAAACACCUUGGUUCUCUGCCAUUAGAUCGCUUCCUGACCUUGGAGGUCUGGUUGGUAACAAUCCAGUGCACCAGUUUUGCACAGUAACAGAUUUUUGCUUGAAUAACUUUGAGCUGUUCUCUUGACAUGACUGCAUUUACUGGCAGCUGAUGAUCCACUGUCAUUCUUAUGGCACUAGGAAUUAAAUGCACCACAUGAGCAAUGUUAAGGUGGGAGGAAAGAUUUGUUGACUUUUCGCCUUGCCUUCUUCAGUUUGUGCAAUGACUGGCUCUAAAGGGAUAUUUUAUUUUUGCCUGUAACUUACCUUUGCCUAUAACCUACCUCUAGGUUUGGUGUCAUCUGCGUAGUAGCUUCUUAAAAACCAUAAAUGCCCCUCAGGCAUAAGGAGGACAUUGGGAGGUACUGUUGGUACAGUGCAGUAUUUAUGACCUUUCUUUAAAAUGCUUAAUGUGAACCCAUUUUGUCAGAGGCUCUUUCAAGGUUCUUGAUGUGAUGUGCAUUACAGUAUAGUUAGACAUCAUUGUAACCUGUGUCAAGGGCAGCUGUGGCUUAAGAAAGCCUUUUUUUCUCUACAUCUGUCACCUAACUAUGGCUUAAUUGGAACAUAUCAGCUUUUUAUGUAGGUUCAUAUGCUAGAGAACUGUAAAACUACAAGGUAAACAGUACACGAGUUCUGUGACAUGAUCGUAAAACCAUGAAAGCAGAGCUGGUUUGUCACCUGAACUCCUCCGUUUAUUUUAUAGGCUUUGUUCAGUUUUACCUGUUAUAUUUUAUAUACUACAUGGAUCUUAACUACAAAAUAAAGUAACAGUACAAAAGAGGAAA